AUGGUUCGCUAUCUUCCUUUUUUUGCCUCCCUGGCAGCUGCCACGAACCUCUAUGCCACUCACUAUGACGGCGAAGUCUACACCCUUUCUCUUGAGGACAACUCGCUUUCAAUCACAUCGUCCUCGAAAACAUGUGGUACUCACCCUAGUUGGCUUACGUUCGACUCGUCAACGCGCACCAUCUAUUGCUCCGACCACGCGGGCAAUUCGAGCAUGAAUGGCUUGUUGACCUCCUACUCCGUGAAUCAGGAUGGAUCAAUGACGGAGCUCACAAGCACCGUGGAUGUGGGCGCCGCGGUCCACAGCAUUAUUUUUGGGGGAAAGGACGGACGUGAAAAGUAUCUGGCUAUUGCCCAUUACGGUGGUUCUGCCCUUUCGACCUUUGCCUUACCCCUUAAGUCCGGCGAGGAGCCGUUACAGGUCUUCCACUACAAGAUGGCCCACCCGGGCAUCAGACCUGAGCAAGAAGCGCCACACCCCCAUCAGGUGAUCCUCGACCCAACCGGUGAUUUCAUCCUGGUUCCCGAUUUGGGUGCCGACCAGGUCCGCGUAUACGGCAUUGACCAUGACUCGGGACACCUCAACCUGUGCCCUAGUCUUAACUACACUGCUGGUAGUGGACCACGACACGGACUGUUCUGGAAAUCCAGCCCCUCGCAAUCGGACCAAGUUCCUUUGACGAUGUUGUACACCGUUAGCGAAUUGGGCGGUCACUUCAAUGCGUUCGAAGUCUCUUACUUGUCCUCCGGUUGUCUCGGGUUCAAGGAGACGCAAGCCUUUGUGCCGUACCCAGGCGGACAGUUACCGGCGAAGGGUACGCCAGCAGAGAUUCGGAUGGCCGGGGACAAUCUUUAUGCUUCCAUUCGCUUUGAUCAGGGAUUCGCCCCGAAUGAUUCCAUCUCGACCCUGGUUCGUUCCCCCGAUGGCACGGUCUCUUUCAGCCAGAUCACGUCUGCUUACGGCGCCGUCCCCCGCACUUUUGCCAUCAACAACAAUGGCACUCUGGUGGCCAUUGCGGGCCAGGAUUCAUCCAAUGUUGCCAUUGUCGAAAGAGAUCCACAGAGUGGAAAGCUCGGCAACUUAGUCGCCAAUGUGCCGAUUGUACAGCCCGGUCAGGAUAAACCGUCGUCGGGCCUGAGCAGCAUCAUCUGGGAAGAGUAA